UGUGGUUUCCAUGGCAUUGUGAUCAGACAAAAAUACGAAGAAAUAAAACAAAAUAAAAAUUAUACGAUGAUAUUUAUAUGACAUAUCUCCAGUCUCCACUCUCACACUGCGGGUUUCGUGAGCGGCGUCGUCAAGUAGCAGAGCUCGGUGGGAGAAUGGAUUGGAACUUGAAACGAUGUGAUCGAUAUGAUGCGGGCGCCUUUAAUGCUUUCGAGACCCUGUUUGCUGCAGGCUCGGCAGCUACUGCUCCCGUACAGAUGAUGAAAGGGCAUGCGGAGUUCGCAGUCGCAAGUCCAAUUUCGAACGUCAUCUGAGGCUCAUCUUCGACUGCAGCAACAAGAGCUUGGACUCUUCGUUGUGAUCGAUCAGUAGAAGGGAAAGGAAUUAGAAUAUUUUACACAGCCACUGAGAUGCAUGCAAAUUGCCAUGCCACAUGUUCGACGAAAUGCCUCAGAGAAAGACGCUACCUCCGUCACUUCAAUUCCAUCAUCCGUGCUUCGUUGGAAAAGGGUGUCCCCAAUAAAGCGCUCUCCCAAUUCAAGGUCUUCCUCCUAUCGACGCCCUUUCGGCCCGACCGCUGGACAUUUGCUCUUAUCCUCUCGGCAUGCCUCCGGUCAUCCAACCUCGACACCGCAAUGGAAGCUCACGCUAGAGUCGUAAAGCAUGGCAUCAUGACUGGAUCCUCCAUAGCUGCUCCGCUGUUUCACUUGUAUCUGAAGCAUGACCGUGUAGCCGAAGCGCUACUGCUGCUCGAUGAGAUGUUGGAUGAGAAGGUUGAUGCUGUGCAUGGGAAUUUAGUGAUCGUCAAGCUCCUGAAGAGCGGAGAGUUCGACAGGGCAAACCGGGUGUUCAAGAAAAUGCCGGUCAAGGACUUGGUUUCUUGGAACUCCAUGAUCGCAGGGUGUGUGCAGAACUCACGUCCGAAAGAGGCCAUGAGCUUCUUCGACCGGAUGAUGGGCUCCGGGUUCGAACCCGAUGGUUUCUCGUUCUCAUCGGUGCUUUCGGCGUGCGCUCGCGUCGGUGCUCGUGGGUACGGCGAAAGAGUGCACCGAUUGAUGCUGGAGAAGAGGAUUCAGCUUAAUUUUAUACUCUGCUCGGCUUUGAUCGACAUGUACGCAAAAUGCGGAAACAUCGAUGCGGCUGAGGCAGUUUUCAACAGCAUUGCAAGGGAUAAUGUUUCCAUUUGGAAUUCGAUGAUCACCGGGAUGGCAAUCCACGGGCACGGAUCUGAUGCCGUCGCAUUGUUCUCUCGGAUGGAGAGUGAGGGCUUGGCACCCGAUGGAGUGACGUUCCUGGCGCUGCUGACAGCGUGCAGCCAUGCCGGCAUGGUUGAAGAGGCUCGUAAACACUUCAGGAUGAUGACACAAGUGCACGGAAUCGAACCAGGAAUCGAGCAUUACGGUGCAAUUGUGGACGCCACAGCUCGAGCUGGGCUGUUGGACCAAGCCUACGAGACGAUACGAGGAAUGGCUGUAGAGCCUGAUGGCAUCAUAUGGAGGAUACUGCUGAGCGCUUGCAAGAGGCACCACCGGCCCGACCUAGGUGAAGUGGCAAUCAAUCACAUGGCAAGCCGCGGAAGCGGAGACUAUGUGCUGCUUUCGAGCAUCUACUCGUCGGCGAGAAGAUGGAAUCGUGCUGCGCAAGUGUGGGAUUCCAUGAAGGCGAACAAAGUCCGGAAGAAACGAGGGAUGAGCUGGGCGGAAGUAGGGGGAAACGUGCACCAGUUCAAAGCUGGAGAUCGAUCGCAUCCCGAAACGCAUGAUAUCUACAGAGUCUUGGAUAGCUUGGCGAAGAGAGCAAAGAUGGAGGGUUUCCUGCCGCUGACGGAGCUCGUGUCCAUGGACGUCUUGGAGGAGGAAAGGGAAGAGAAUCUCAAUGUCCACAGUGAGAAGGUAGCUGUCGCUUACUGUGUGCUCAAAACUGGCCCUGGCACAGAGAUCAGGGUGUCGAAGAAUCUCCAGACAUGCGAGGACUGCCAUGAAUGGAUGAAGGUGGUCUCGAAGGUGCUGUCCCGUGUGAUCUUAGUUAGAGAUAGAAUUCGCUUUCACAAGUUCGAGAAAGGUGCUUGUUCCUGCAACGACUAUUGGUAGUGUUGCAGUCUGCGGCCGAUCGAUCUCCGAGAAAGAUAAUAUUUUCUUGCUGCCUGGAACCGAAAGCAAAACCUUCGUGAUGAAUUCAACAGGAUCUCAUAUGAUGCUGCUACAUCUUUGAUUCUGAAUUCAGAGGAAGAAGCCAGCCUUUUAAAACAUAAGCUAGACUUGUUGCAUUGGAAGCAUUUGCCACAGAAGAAGUUCGUAACAGAGACCUAGAACAUUGGUGGCGGCGCCGGGAGACCAUCGGAUGUCGCGGCCAAGACAGAGCUGGAGGAGGCGUUGGCGUUGCUGCGUGCAAGGUGGCAGAGCUGGCGGAGCUUGGUGGGGACGUACCAGAUGGAGAGGCGGGGGUGGGCGUUGAAGACGGCGUCGAUGUCCCAACCAUGCCUCGCCGAGAUGGCCACCAGGGGCUUGUAACAGGCUUGCCUCCAGGCUCCCACGUUCUCGCCCCGCUCCUUGAAGGCUCUCCGCAGCGCGUUGGACGCCUCCUCGUCGAGGCAGUGGAGAGCGUAGCAGUGCACGUAGUGCCUCAUCUUUGGCUUGUUGAUGUAGCUGGCCCCGACCUUCUUGGCAUAUCGGAAGACUUGGUUGGUCACCUGUUAUGUUCAAGCAAAUUAACAGAUCA